CUUCCACUCCCCACUCACAGCGUCCGUAUCCAGAAACACAACUGAUCACCCCAGCACCCCAUAUAAAACAGGGGAGGCCUCUCCACCCCUUUCACAUCCCCGGCUCCUCUCCGUCCCCAUCGCGUGAUCGAUCGCCUCCGCCUUUUCCGCGAGCCUCUUCUUCCCCGAUCAUGGAGCAGACUUUCAUCAUGAUCAAGCCCGACGGCGUCCAGAGAGGCCUGAUCGGGGAUAUCAUCAGCCGAUUCGAGAAGAAAGGGUACUACUUGAAGGGGAUGAAGUUUAUGAAUGUGGAUAAAUCCUUCGCGCAGCAGCACUAUGCCGAUCUCUCUGCCCAGCCCUUCUUUGCCAAGUUGGUGGAUUACAUCAUUUCCGGCCCUGUUGUGGCCAUGGUGUGGGAGGGGAAGGAUGUUGUCUUGACUGGCCGCAGGAUCAUCGGGGCCACCAGGCCUUGGGAGGCGGCUCCCGGCACCAUCCGUGGUGACCAUGCUGUGGAGGUUAGCAGGAAUGUGAUUCAUGGAAGUGAUUCUGUGGAGAACGGAAAGAAGGAGAUCGCUCUGUGGUUCCCAGGAGGCUUGGCCGAAUGGAAGAGCAACCUCCACCCUUGGAUCUACGAGAACUGAGCUCACACGAUCAUCUACUUCUACUUGUUGAUGCCUCGUUUCUUCAGAACUCGAGCUUGUCCCGGUCUGGCUAUCCGAGUCGAUGAUUAGAUUUCGUGCUGCGUGAUGAUGUUAAUAACCGAACUUGAAUGUGUUGCCUGAACCUGUAUGGCUUCUGCAUUUCCUUUGAUGCAAGUGUAACUGCUGCCACCUCAGUGCAGUUGUCUGAAAUAAGAUAAACCUAGCAGGGGAGUUUAACCUUUUGUUCUUAAA